AUGCCGAUCCGCAGCCUCGUGCGAACGCGAGCAGCCAUUGCCACUCGCGGCUUUGCCUUUUCAGCAACCAAGAGACUGGGUCUAAAAGAAUCCUCAACCCGUAGUCCAAUAGUCUCGUCUAACAGAUUACCCUUAGAAACCAACAUCGACUACGAGCUGCACAAACGAGACUCCCUCGCCAAGCAGAAGCGGGGCUCGGGCCAUUGGAAGCCGGAGCUUGCGUCCGACAGCGAGGAGGCUGUCAGGGCGGAUCGGGCGUCGCGGGAUCAUUUGGGGGAGAGGAUGGAUGCGUUGCAGGAGAGGACCAAGAGGGCUGCUGAGGAGUCGAGCAAAGCGGGGACGAGCAUGAGGGAUGUGAUGUAG